AUGGAGGACGAGGAGCAACUCACGGAGCGCUGCGAAGUUGAGAAGCCCCUGUUCUACCACGGGCCUCGAUUCAAGCUCUGCAGCCAGGAUCGCGAGCAGCAGCGGACGUACUCCUUGCUGUGCUACAACGCUGCCUGCGACCUCGUCUUUGCCGUGGAAGACGGCGCCUGUGCGGCCUAUGGCGGAGCCGAGUUGGUGAAGCAGAACAAGGACUUGGCAUCCUUUAGCAAGCUGGCAACGACUCCCAAGUGUCGCAUACCGACAAAGAGCCCAGCCAUCAUCGUUUCCACGAAUGAGGAAGGUGCGGCCUUGGUGUGCAUCGUGCAGGAGGGCGGCGUUUUGUCCGUGUACUCCGCGGAGGAAGCUCUCAAGGGCAACGCCAAAGAGGUCUACAGCGUUACGCUGGACGAGGAGGAGAUUGUGCAGAUCUCCUGGAAGGAAGAUGACUUCCUCUGUGUCUGUGAAAGCGGACGAACCUUCUUAGUGCAUCCACAAGAUAGCACCUAUUUCUGUGUCCACGAGCCGGCAGACUUUGCGCCCAUUUGUGCUGCCGCCAUACCGAGGUCCGACUUUGCGCUCUUGGCCGGAGACCCCCCGGAGGACGAGGACACAGGCGCCAAUCUUUGGGCGGUGGAUUUGCUGUCCGCGGACUCCUGGCCGCUCUUCCCGGAGGAGAGUCCGCGACGCGGGAGGCCAAACCCUUAG